AUGAAAAACUCAUCUAUACUGGAACCAAAUCCCGAGCACAAUUCUGGUACAGCAUUAUCAAGGAGACAUCUACAACCUGGAUCAAGGUCACCACUACAUUCACAAGAACAUGAGCAGCAACAGCGACAUCAUAAUCUUCAAAAUGAACUAGAUACAGUCGCUACUGCAGCACAAUUACAACAACUUAAACAGGGCACCCCCAAGCCAUUACUUUCGGACCAAGGGCAAAGUAAUACAAUAUUGAGACAACAAAAUCUCAACCCAAACCUACAGCAGUAUUCAUUUUUAGAAUCAUCGUCACUGUCUUCAUUAUCAGAAAACACCAUACUUGAAUUUAAACUGAAACUACGAAAGAAAAAACUUGGUGCGAAGAAAAGGUCUUGGGUAUGGAGAUGGUUCGAUCAAGAUCCACAAAAUCCCAACAUUGCCAAAUGUACCUAUUGUGAUAAGAUAAUUAUAAGAUUCCCAUCAGAUAAAGGAUCACCCAAGAAACUACUGGAGCAUUUGAAAACUCAUAAAUUGAAUAUGAACUCAAUAAAUCUUGCUCGCCCAGUACCGAUUGAUGCAGGUGGGUUGACUAAUUCUAGCUCAAGCGAGUCUUCAUCACAGGCUCCAAAUGUUGGCGUGAAAAAAGACGAUGACAAUAAUCAAAAUCACUCUUCUCAAUUUGCUGAACUGUCAUUAAAAUUGGCGAACAAUGGUAAUAUCAAUAACAAAGCAAACACGAAUAAAAAUCUUGACACCAAUCAGCCAUUCAACGCAUCAAGAUUUCGUAUGAACAUGCUUAAAUUUCUUACAGAUAACAAAUUAUCUAUUGAUGUCUUGAAAUCAAACUCUUUCAGACAAUUGGUUUAUGAUUUGAGACCAGAAUCUGUUAAUGAUAUCCUGGAAUUAACUAGUAUGUAUGAUGCAUUCCUCGAAUGCACUCGAUACAGUCCUGGUCAUUCUGGGAAUGUUGAAACUAAUUCACAAGUUAGCGGAAGCGAUACAUGA